AUGGACCACAGUUCGGUCCUGGCUCUGCUGCUCCUUCUGGGGACGUGUUCGGCUUACACCUAUCAGAACGUGGCCCUGCGUGGAAAAGCGACCCAGUCGGACCGCCGCGUGGACGCGCUGGGAGCUGCGUACAACGCCAUCGAUGGAAAUCGCGAAUCAAACUACUUGGCUGGAUCCUGCACCCACACGGUGGAACAGAGCAACCCCUGGUGGAGAGUGGACCUGCUGCAGACCUACACCGUCACCUCCGUCAUCGUCACCAACAGAGGAGACUGCUGCGACGACAGGCUCGAUGGGGCGGAGGUUCACAUCGGCAACUCUUUACAGGACAACGGUGCUGCAAACCCAGUGGUCGGUGUGAUUCCUCACAUCCCAGCGGGCAGGUCUUUAAAACUCACUUUUACCAGACGUGUGGAGGGACGUCAUGUGACCGUGGUGCUACCCGGUUUAAACAGAGUCCUGACGCUCUGUGAAGUCGAGGUCUACGGGUACCGCGCCCCGACCGGAGAAAACCUGGCCCACCAAGGGAAAGCGACACAGUCGUCACUUCAUUCUUCCGGCAAUGCGAUCAACGCCAUAGAUGGGAACCGUGCGUCCUACUGGAACCAGGCUUCUUGUACUCACACGAAGGCCGACUUAAACCCCUGGUGGCGACUGGACCUGGGCACAACCCACAGAGUGUUUUCUGUCAACAUAACCAACACUAUAGAUUCUGUGCCGCAACGACUCAACGGAGCCGAGAUCCUGAUUGGAGAUUCGCUUGAAAACAAUGGCAACAACAACCCCAGGUGUGCCGUGAUCUCGAGCAUCCCCGGAGGUUUCACGGAAGACUUCCAGUGUAACGGGAUGGACGGUCGCUACGUCAACGUCGUCAUUCCUGGAAGGAGCGAGUACCUGACCCUGUGUGAGGUGGAGGUGUACGGCUCCAGGCUGGAUUAG